AGGAAGCUCACAUCCAGUACUAACUACUUUGUUCCAGAAUAGGUCUUAGCCUAUUCCUGUUUCAGCACCAUGGUCAGCGCGCGGACACUUCUCACGGUCAUCUGCGGCUGCGCUUACCUGUGGCUCGCUCGGGCUGAGGAUUCCUCACUGGAGACGCGUUCGUUGGACUUCUCCAUGAAAGCCCAACAGGAAAAAGACCUGAUUGACGCCUUGCAAGGAGUUUUGGAGAAAUUAAGGAGCAAAGAAAUGCCCCUUGAAAAGAAGCUCGGCUGGGUGCCUUCGUGUGAUGCAGGGGAGCCGUGCGCCGUGCGUAAAGUGCGCUUUUCCAACAUGGCGUCCAGCCGGGUCUCAGAGAGGGAGGUCCAGGAGGAGCCGAAGCGCGCUGCGACCGCAAACAUCCACUUCAACCCCCACAAAUACUCUCUGCUCAUCAUCGUUGGACGGACUGAUCGCCUCAGACAAAAGGAACACGUCAGCAGGGAGAUCGAACGAGGUAUUCGGUCAUGGGAUGUUGACUUAAAAUCCUGCAACUUGAAUCUAUAUCUCAGAGAAUUCCUCUCCCAUCACACAGCAUCUUUUAAAGGUGCAGCCUCUUCAGGGCAGAGGUGUCUGCGUCACUGUACCAGAGUGUUGGACACUCAGGUACUGAUCAGCCCAUCUCAGGAACAGGCUCAUUCAGAGGUGUUGGCUCUGCUGUCCAGGGAAUCAGCUCAUAAGCUGCUAAUCUUGGCUGGCCUGAAUGUGGAGGAAAGUGGAGACCUGCUGUUUCACAAAGGACUGUUUUCACCACAUCAACUCAAACCAAUUCUAACAGAGCAGUUCCUGGAACAGGAGAGCUCUGCAUCCUCACACCCCUCCAUCAAAGUGAAUGUGACUCUCAGCUGUCCAGUUAUCAGCCAGUGGAGAAAGAUCCUCCUGGGAGAUCUGCCCCUGCAGGCCCCCUUCAACCUCCACAUCAAUCCCCCAGAGGUGCUGCCAGCCAUGGAGUCCCUGGGGGAAUUUACCUCCCUCAUCUCUGGCACCAUUUGCCCCGCGUCCCCCUUUGACCUCCUGCCACCUCCUGCUACUGUGGGUUUCCUUAAGCUUUCCCGCCCCUGCUGUUAUGUGUUCCCUGCUGGCCGUGGUGAUUGUGCCUUCUUUGCCGUUAACGGGUUCACGGUGCUCGUGGAUGGGGGUUCAGACUCUCAAGCUUGCUUCUGGAAGCUGGUUCGCCACCUCGACCGGAUUGACGCAAUCUUGUUGACGCACGUCAGUACAGAGAACCUCCCUGGUAUCGUAUCCUUCCUCGAGAGGAAGGUGUCAGAGAAGGAACUGAGCGUUGAUGUCAAAGAUGACUCCUCUAAGAGGCUCAUCUCUCCAGAGCUGGGAGUUGUGUUCUUUAAUGCCCCCGGCAAAUUAAAUGUGGACCAACAGCCUUGUGUGGAUAGUGUACUUACAAGCACACAGCAGGCGGCCUCCACCCUACAGCUGUUAAACAAGUUGGACAUCAGGCCACAGCCAAUGUUUCGACCACAAGGAACCCCUAUCAAGCCCCUAACCCUGUUUCAAAAGAUGGGAGUGGGACAGCUUGACUUAUACAUUCUAAACCCAGGCAAAAACAGCCAGGAGUAUGAGACAUUCAUGCAAAAUUGGCCAGAUGCAGUGUCAUCAGCGUCCAAACCCCCAACUCUCCCUCUGACCGCCCUGACCUCAGUUACCGCUCUGCUGGUGUGGCAUCCAGCCUGCCCUCAAGAGAAGGUGGUCAGGGUUCUGUUUCCAGGCUCGACUCCACAAGCAAAACUGCUGCAGGGACUGGAGAAGCUCAAAGGCUUGGACUUCCUUCGGAAACCCACUGUGACAACUGGAGACCUCGAAAGACUUGGGGAGGACAGAAAAACAAAGCGGACAGAAAGCUUGGACAGUUGCAGGUCACAGGGGAAAGAGGGCACCGUUAAGCAUGGGAAAGAACGAGUGGUUAAAGAAGAGACAAAGGAUGUAUCAAAGGAAAAAGGAAAGACUUUAAAUGGACUGGGUGCAAGAGAUCCUGAUAAAAACAAAACCAAAGAGACAGGAUUAAAACACAAAGCAUCAUUAUCUGAAAAGAAUACUUCAAAGAAAGGAGUGGGAAAUAAUGGCAGACGAGAGAAGUCUGGAAAUAAAGAGGAAAACAGUCUCACGAGGAACGAGCCCAUGAAAAGGGAUGCUAUUCCUUCUAAAUGGAAGAAUGACAACAAAACAAGGUUAAAAAAGGAGGCCAAAAAUGACUCGAAAACAGCAGAGAAGAAAACACGCAAGCAACAAGGAAAGGAAGUGAAGGAUGACAAGAAAUUGCAUAUGAACAGCCAACAGCCAAAUAACGACUCAGCGAGACUCAGUGCUGCGGAUGAGUCAAAAACCCCUGGCCCAGAGUGCCUCACUGCUGAGCAGACAGAUCAAAAGAUGGAAACAGAGCCUGUAGAGAAGCCCUGUGGCUCCAAGUUGUCUACCCCUGAAGACAUGACAGACGAUUUUCUCCAACUCCAAGAGGAGGCCGGAGUGGAGAAGGCACAGGUGGAAACUGCUGAUAAAGAAAAAGUGAGCUCAGAAAGCGUGAAUGAAGAGAUGUGCAAUACAACUAUUGAAAGAUCAGCAGGGGAAGGAGCAGAUAGCUCGGGGGCAAUAGAAGAGGAAAGCGGGGAAGAAGGAGGGCAGCUUAAGACAGGAGGUUGUGAUGAAGCAGAAGCAGACCCCAAGAAAAACCUUCCAGAAGUUCCUGUAGAUUCAAGAAAGCCUGCAAAAAUUGUGGGAUUUCCUUUUCCCCUAACUAUGGCACCAAAGAACGACCAGGAAGUCCAGGAUACAACCCCAACUGAGUACACUCUUCUGGACGGGGCUUUGAGAAACACCCCCCCCUCACAAUCCUCCCCGGAGAACCAGGCCCCCAACAGCCCUGAUGAGGAGACCGUGGAGCCAGCCUCCCCAGACUCACGGCCCAACAGCGCAGGCCACACUCCCUACUGUCUGUCUCCUGAUGACGUAUGGUGCAACAGGGCCACUCUUAGCCGGAUCCAGGCCCAGAUGAGUAACCCAGAUCCAGCUGAGCCAAAUGGGUCAUCCAGGCAAAGUGAUGGGCAGUCAUCUCAGGCCAAAGGUGCACCAGAAAACCCCAGACACGGCCGAGAGAAGCAUCUGAGCUUCCUUCCACUGGGUACGUUUAAAGAGGCGUGCUCGGACCCGUCCCCCUCCGUGGCCACCACCACCACCACCACGACACACUCGAUGCCAGCUGAAGUGAGCUCGCCUCAGUCCACAGAAGUAGAUGAGUCCCUAUCCAUGUCUUUCGAGCAGGGACCAACCUCUGUGAGCCAGAGGGAAGGAGACGACUGUGGGUAUCACUCCCACUCCAAUGGAGCUCCUUUUGUGGGGAUGCCUUUGUCGGUGAAGAAGCCCCCGAGAUCUUUAGGUCAGGGUUCAGAGAUGGGCCGCCCUCCGGCACCAAACACACUUCCUUUUGAGACAUCGGCUCACGACGUGGACCUGUGCUUGGUUUCUCCGUGCGAGUUCAAACAUUUCAAAGCGCCUGACUCCAGCUCGGGUGCAAGUGAGGCCUCCAGAGGAGCUUUCCCCCCGCAUUAUCAAAGCAACAACAACAACAACCCCAAAGACGGGUCUCCCAGCGAGUCGAACGCCCCCGCCUGCACGGAGGACUGUCCGUCCACCACAGCGGAUGGAGUUCUGGACUCAGAUGAGGAUGACUCAUGUAGCGAGCCGUCCAACUCUCCACGUGACCUCAACAGCAGUUGUGCUCUGCCGCCGGACCCUCUCCCAGCCCCGCUCAGGGACAGCCCGCCCCUGCCUCCGCAUCCUGACGCCUCCAUGCCGGUUCCUCAGUCUGAGUCUGAUACUCAGGGGAAGAGAGCAAAAACUACCGGCAAGCGAGGCAAACAAAUGCCAGGGAACCUUGAAGGCCCCCAAAAAUCCAGCACAGGGAAAAGCAGGAUGGGGAGCCAAACAGGGAUCACAAAGGGGAACGUCUCCUCUGCUCGAACCCUCUCCUCCAGCACUCGCUCAGCACCACCCAAAUCGGCACAGGUUUCAGGCUCCAAGUCUACCUCUGCGGAGGAAGUCAGCCUGUAUGUGGACCUGGCCUAUAUUCCCUCUGGAGCCUCCUCUCCCACCGUCAGUGUGGACUUCUUCAGAUGUGUUCGUUCCUCCUGCUACAUCAUCAGUGGCAACAGUCCAGAGCGGGAGGAGCUAAUGAAGAACACUCUGGAAGCUCUACUGAACGGCAAGAUGUCCUGGCCUGACACAAUGCAGGUAACAGUGAUUCCCACUUUUGAGUCGGUGACAAUGCAGGAGUGGUACCAGCAGACUCUGGAGAGACAGCGGGAGCUGAACAUCACCGUCCUGGGUUCCAACAGCACUGUGGCCAUGCAGGAUGAGACGUUUCCUGCCUGUAAGAUAGAGUUCUGA